CGGACCGUCAAAUCAAAGGCAGGACUACAAUAUACAGUUUUUUCGAAAAUGAAAACGUAUCAGUUUUUACUUUCAGAGGUUGGAGUAAUACCAUGUUCAACUAUUUAAGACAUUGGCUCCAAUCUAGCUUGUGCCUUUAGAUUUCGAGAAAGUUAACAACUUCGGAAGAAUCUUUCACUUCUCUAAUUGACUUCUGAAACCCCGGGCUGGUCUGUUUGAUGGCGUUGCCGCUGCCCAGCAGCCCGCCACUGGACUUGAUCGGUAAUGACAGCCUGCAGGACUGGGAAGUGAUUGGUGGAGGGGGAUUCGGACAGAUCCACAAGGCCAGGCAUAUAAAGUGGAGGUUUGAUGUGGCCAUCAAGUUGCUGCAUUAUGAUGAUGGCUCUAGCACUUCCCUGCUUAAGGAGGUAAAGAAUAUGCAGAAGGGAGGGAGCCCCCAUGUGGUGAGGAUUCUGGGGGUGUACCAGGGGUGCCCUCCCUCUCCAGGUAGAGGCCUCUCCACCCAGCUGGGUAUUGUGAUGGAGUUAUUGAACAUAGGCUCCCUGGCCACCCUCCCGGCCAGCCUCUCUGGCCCCCCACCCUGGCCCCUGGCCUUCCGCCUGGCCCACCAGAUCGCUCUGGGAAUUAACUUCCUUCACAACCUUCCUCAGCCACUUCUGCAUCGCGACCUGAAGCCCAAUAACGUGCUGCUGGAUGACAACCUUAAUGCAAAGCUUACAGAUUUUGGCCUUGCUGAAGUCUCCCAUAGUGUUUUGGAGAUGUCCAGAGAAGAGCCCGGGAAGGAAGGAGGCACUCUAAGCUACAUGCCCCCUGAGGCUUUUGAAUCAUCGUAUGAACCAACUCGAGCCACUGAUAUCUACAGUUACGGCAUACUGCUGUGGUCCAUCUUCACUGGAAAAGUGCCCUAUUAUGCAGAUAACCCUCAUCUCCAGUCCAGUAUGGUGAGGUUCCGGGUCCCAUUGGGCGACAGGCCUCCUCUGGAGGCAGUGGACAGGGACCAGGCUGGUGGGCUGGGGGAGAUGGUGGACCUCAUGGUGAAUUGCUGGGACCAACAGCCUUCUAAUAGACCCCAUUUCCUGGAUUGCCUCACUGUGACAGAGAGAACAUAUGAGAGGCACAAGCAAUCAAUAAACGACGUUGUCCAUCAAGUGCUCCUCAAACUGGAGGAGGAGAGGAUGAGAAGACAGGAGGAGGAGAGGAUGAGAAGACAGGAGGAGGAGAGGAUGAGGAGACUGGAGGAAGAGGAGAGAGAUAGACAGGAGGAUGAGAGGAUGAGGAGACAGGAGGAGGAGGAGGAGAGAGAGAGACAGAAAACUGGUCUAGCUCAUCUGAGGAUAGUUCUGGUGGGGAAGACUGGAGCAGGGAAGAGCGCAACAGGAAACACCAUCCUGGGUGGGGAGGGGUUUAAAGAAGACUCCUCCCCUGAGUCUGUGACUGCUCAGUGUGAGAAACAGAGUGGAGAGGUGGAUGGGAGGAAGAUGGAUGUGAUUGACACGCCGGGACACUUUGACACGUCAGUGACUGUAGAGGAAAUGAAAGGUGAACUAGAACGGUGCUUCUACAUGUCAGUCCCAGGACCCCACGUGUUCCUGCUGGUGAUCAGACUGGGGAGGUUCACAGAGGAGGAGAGGAACACUGUGAAGUGGAUCCAGGACAACUUUGGAGAAGAAGCCUCAAAGUACACCAUGGUGCUGUUCACUGGAGGAGACCAGCUGAGAAAAAAAUCUGUUGAGCAGUUUGUAGGAGAAAGUGUUAACCUCCAGGAUCUCAUCAGCAAAUGUGGAGGUGGAUAUCACUCUGUCAUCAAUGACAGUGACAGUAGCGCCAACCCUGACCAAGUCCCAGAGCUGCUGAAGAAGAUAGAGGAGAUGGUGAAGAGGAACGGAGGACAACACUACACCAACGAGGUGUACCAGAAGGUCCAGAGGAAGAUCGAAGAGGAGGAGGAGAGGAAGAAAAAAGAGGAAGAAAUGAAGAAACAAGAGGAGGCGAUCAGGAAGCGGGAAGAAGAGGUGAGGAGAGAGGAGGAAAUAAAGAGAGAGGAGGAGUUGAGGAAGAUAGAAGAGGAGAGACAGGAGGAGAGGAGGAAGGCGGAAGAGGAGACGAGGAAGAUGGAAGAGGAGAGACAGGAGGAGAGGAGGAAGAUGGAAGAGGAGAGGAGGAAGAUUGAAGAGGAGAGGGGGAAGAUGGAAAAUGAGAGGGGGAAGAUGGAAAAGAAGAGGAGGAAGAGGAGCAGGAGAAAUUGGUUCGAACGGCUUUUAAACCUUUAACCUUGUUGUGGCCAGCACCAUGUCCUAACCCACUGAAUGGAACUGUGUGUACUUUCAUCUUUAUACAAACAUUAACCAGACAUUUAACAUCAUUACAUGACAUAAUCAUACCAAUCUUCAACUUUCCUUUCACAUUAAAUCCCUGUUCUUCAAUAAAUACAAAAACAUGCUGAUUA